GUGGUUUUUCCGAUAGUAGAACUCUGGUUAGUCUCAGAAGAGUGAUAAUACCGUAAUCGGUGGAGUGAAAGCCCACGGAUUGAUAGUCUGUCAUACAGAACUUAUGAUACUGCAAUGCAAUAUUACAAUACUAGUAGUCAUAAAGUGCGCAAACAGUAAGUGCACAGAGAGCCAGUUCUCUCCUCUUCAGAGUGAGUGGAGACGUGUGGUGCUGAUGACAACCUAGUUGACGGAAUUUUUCAGAUUUUAUGGACUGUGAAAUGAAGAAAAGACAGUACUUCUCAUGUUAUUGCUUCUUGUUAGUCAGCUUUCCACAGGUUUAUCAUGGUAUACGUGAUCACGAUUUCAAAGUGUUCACCAAGGCUGGCCGUGGACUGCAGACAAUGAAUAAUUAAUAAUGCCUCCUGCUUGGCUGUGUAUCAAAGAUGCUGCUAUUCUGACUAUCGGUGUUAUUGUCUACUUUUUUGUCAAUCUAAUCAACAGCAUUCGUCUUUAUCUAUUUCCUGUCUAUAAAUCGUUGAAAAAUGAAGUGAUUCUAAUAACUGGCGCUGCUAAUGGAUUAGGUCGUCUAUUGUGUGUAGAAUUCUCAAGACACUGUCCAACUAUUCUAGCCUUAGACGUAGAUGAAAUUGGCCUGAAAGAAACUGCUGAAUUAGUAGCCAAUACAACUGGCUGUCAGAUAAAAACAUAUAAAUGUAAUCUAAAAGAUAAACAUGAAAUUGAUAAGGUUGUUCGAUUAAUAAGGAAUGAUUUCGGCAAAGUUACCGUAUUGGUGAACAAUGCUGGUAUAACAAAUAUGGGAGGAUUUUUCAGAUGUAAUCGAGAACAGUUUGAAGAUUUAAUCAAAGUAAAUACGCUUGCUCAGUAUCAUCUUACUAAGGAGUUUUUACCAUCAAUGUUAGGCAAAAGGUAUAAUCCAUACUCUUCUGUACAGUCAUCUGAAGAACCGCAUGGUCAUAUUGUUUGUUUGGCAUCUAUAUGUGGUGUAAUGGCUUUUCAAAGUUUUCCUAUUUAUUGUGCUUCUAAAGCUGCAGUCCUGCUGUUAAUGGAAUCAUUAGAGCUAGAACUUGCAAGUUUGGGAAUUACAAAUGAAAUAUGCAUUACAAGAGUAUUACCAUACCUAAUUAAAACAAAUAUGGCCAGUGUGAUAAGUGGAACUCGAUCUGGUGUAUUUGUUGUCAGUGACGCUAAAUGGUGUGCUAAGAGAAUUGUUGAUGGAGUUUUGAAAAAUGAACGAGUUGUUUAUAUUCCCGGUUAUAUGCGUAUUUUUGCAAUACUGAAACUCCUAUCACCAGGUUAUGCGUAUCGUUAUUUGCAUAAAAUGAUGGCAAAUGCACUGAUCUUUGUUCAGAAGAUGACCAGUUCCUGAAACAGUUCAUCCAAAAAAUAGAUGCCUUCUACGUCAGUGUUAAACUCUUAAUGUUUGAAUGCAAUCAUACUUAUAUAUACAUAAUACUUCAUCAAAUUCAAGGUUGUUUUCCUAUCUCAUAAAUUAUGUCAUACCUUACAUUUGAACAACAACAAGUAAUCAUGUUAUUUAACACCACGUCAUAGUCGUAGAUGUCAUAUGGACAAAACUUGGCGUCUAUUUUGUGUUUUUAAUAAACAUAUUUAUAUAUAUUUAGCAAUCAAUCAUCGAGAUCCCGUGAUUUUCAGCAUUUGGAACAUACAUUUCUCACAUUUACCAUUGUAUCACUCAGUAUGAUAGACAUUGAUUUAUUUCCGUGUCCUAUUUCACUCGUAUUUUCAUAAAAUUUCAUUUCGAAAUACCCCCCCCUUUUCCACUUCCGAAUAAAUGUGUCAUUUCAUUCUUUG